CCGCUGUGCUUUCUGCCUCGCGCUCUCAGAUUACAUCUCCUCCACCUUCUCAAUUCCUCUUUUCGUCCUCUUCUUGCAGCGGGGAAGGAUUGCUUUCGAUAGACUUGACCCCUUUGAAGCUCACAAGGCAGAAAUCAAUCCAUCUUCUGCCUACGUCCUCCCGUCCCCGUACUCCCCACCACGUCACCGUACUUCCCCGCCGAAGUCGACACAGUACCAUAUACGACUCCGUUGCGAUCCCGCUUUGUUGCUUCUUUACGUGGCGGGAAACACCUUCUACAUAACCCGGUCUCCCUCUGCCCACGCCUACGGGUUUCUCGAUUGGAACACCCCCUGAGUCCGGACUAUCUCACCACCCUGACCUCCCAAGCUCAAUAACAACAAAGAACUCACGCCCACCAUGGCCCAAAUAAACUAUCGUACCAUUAAUGUCGACGUCCUAGACCCGGAGUCCUCCAUCAACUUUCCCAUGGAGACUCUGCUUCCGGGCAAUCUCCCCCAGCCGACGACAUCCAGCGCCGCGGCGAGCGUUGCGACGCAGGUCCGUCAGAUGCUCCGCGGCGGAGACCCGGAGGGUGCGCUGUCAUACGUUCUGGAUACCGCGCCGCUGGGCGGCGAUGACCGUGCGAAGGAGGUGCACCUGGCGACGGUUAUUGAGGUCUUGCAGGGAAUUCGACAGGGUGAGAUGACGAGGAUCCUCGAGGCAGUGUGUUCAGGGCAGGGUGGUUCGGAGAGGGCAGAUUGCUUGAUGAAGUAUUUGUACAAGGGCAUGGCUGGCCAGCCGGCCAGCAGUGGCGCGCAAUCCCCUGCUCGUAAGACAGUUUCGCCCCAGAGCACUGGAUUUUCGCAGAUCCAAGCUCGAAACCUGGGAGAAGGUGGCGGUGGUCAGCAGAUGAGCGUGCUGCUCAGCUGGCAUGAGAAGCUGGUCGAGAUCGCUGGAACGGGGUCAAUUGUCCGAGUCAUGACGGAUCGAAGGACGGUUUAGAUGCAUUAGGGACCUUUCAUUGUUUCAACGAUGUUGGAAGGACCGCUAUCAACUUGUCGUUUUGAAAACUAUGGCACAUUGUUCUUGCACCCACGGUAUCAGUGACACCCCGGAUGGUGCAUCUGGUUUAGACGGUCAGCGCGAGGAUCUUAUUCUACCAAUCACACAAACAACAAACAGGAGAUGUAAUUCUCCAUUAUCUGAUGGA